AUGUCGACACAAACAGUACACGUCAGCUCGGGGAGCUCGACCAAUUCUGUCAGUUCCAUGCCAUCAUCUCUUCCUUUCGAUGGUAGUGCAUUCCCUAAGCUCAACAAAGAGCAAGCAGGCCAUAUCCGGCACUACCACAAUCUGGCCAGCAUGCCGGACAACUGCUGGGACCACAUGUGGUCAGAAGACUACCUUCAAGAAUCCAUGGAUGCGUACCGAUACCAGCUUGCUACCCUCGUCUAUGGAGCUGGCAUCGCCCAUUUCCACCGCCUACCGGCACUGCGCUCGGUCUUCAAGCCCCUCUUGCGUCGUUUCAUUCAGAAAAUGCUCUUGCGUGAUGUGUGGGCGUACUGGUGGAACACCUCUCAAGGUGGUAAAGCUUUGAACCCUGAUCAAGUUAAGCCUCGUGCACAGUGGGCCGAUCCUGUGAUGCGCGAGAACAUCAUGUAUAGCGGACACCUUCUGCUCAUGGUCAGCUUAUACGCUAUGCUGUUCGAUGACGACGAGUACGAGAGACCCGGCUCUAUGACUUUUGACUGGGAUCCGCAGUUUUGGGGGACACCAGAAAAGUACGAAUACUCUACUAAGUCACUACAAGACGUCAUUAUUGCGGAAAUGGAAAAGAACCAAUGGCUCGGAGUCUGCUGCGAGCCAAACGUGGUCUUUGUCAUCUGCAAUCAGUUCCCUUUGGUUGCAAUCCGAUACAAUGACGUGCGCAACGGAACACAUAUCUUUGACGACAUUAAGCCUAAGUUUCUCGCCGCCUGGGAGAAGAAAAAGGGGAUGUUAGGACCAAACGGGCAGAUCAUACAUAUGUGGAUGGUGCAGCAGGAUGAUGUCGUGACUGCAUCUAGCGUUAUUGGGUCGGCGUGGUGCGGAGCAUACAUGAACGCCUGGCACUCGGACUUCGUCUAUAGCAUUUUCGAAAAGCAAAGAAUAGGACACCUCACCAACAUCAAUGGCCAGGUGCGCCUGCAAAGUUUCUGGGUGGCCAAGGAGAUUCUGAAGCUUUCUGCGCAGGACCCGGUCAAACACCACCCAGAUAACGCUGCCACGGUCGCCGAAGCCACCCGAAUUGUGAAGGAGAAGAACCCUGAGGUGGAUCACAACGUCGCCAAAGCUCCGGGUGUUGGUAUGGUCUUGCAGUGGCUCAGCGAGCUGGGAAAAGAAGAAUAUCUCUCGCCGUUGCUCGAGUACAUCGACCAGGAAAUGCACCCGAAAUGGGAAAAUGGUGGCUUGUUUUAUGAGAGGCGCAACGACUUUCAGCCCGCCACAGCUAUAUGUAUGGACCCAUACUCUAGCAAUGCUGGGAUCGCCUACGGCCGUCUCAACGUCCAUAAUGGCCAGAAGGACAUGUUUGAGCGCCCUUGGACCAAGGAGACCCUUGCCCGAAGACCCUACGUCGAUAAUGUCGACCUCUCCCUGGGUGUGGAUUUCUUGAGAGGCCAAUGGUCAGCGGAGAAUUCUGCAUUGAUUGUUACUCUGAAGUCAUGGGAUGGCCAGGAUCAUGAGAUCACACCUACAUUCAACAACCUGUCUCAAGGUCCAUGGGGACUCUACAUUAAUGAUCAACUUCAGAGGGUUGAAGACGUAGUAGAGGGAUCCGGCAGUGUGUCUGUUGUUGUUCGAGUUCCCGCGACGGAGGAGGUCGAUCUCGUCCUCCUUCGUGGCCAAGCACGACCUUCAAAGAUGUAA